CAGCCACAGUCCCACCCGGGGGCCUUGGGCCCCAGACAUGCGGUGAUCUCAGGGCAAGGGUUGCCACGACCACCCAGAACCUCACCAGCCAUGAAUGCCCACCCUAAGGAGAUGGUGCCUCUCAUGGGCAAGAGAGUUGCUGUCCCCAGUGGGAACCCUGCCGUCCUGCCAGAGAAGAGGCCGGCAGAGAUCACCCCCACAAAGAAGAGUGCACACUUCUUCCUGGAGAUCGAAGGGUUUGAGCCCAACCCCACGGUUGCCAAGACCUCUCCUCCUGUCUUCUCCAAGCCCAUGGAUUCCAACAUCCGGCAGUGCAUCUCUGGUAACUGUGAUGACAUGGACUCCCCCCAGUCUCCUCAGGAUGAUGUGACAGAGACCCCAUCCAAUCCCAACAGCCCCAGUGCACACCUGGCCAAGGAAGAGCAGAGGAAGAAAAAGAGGCGGCUGAAGAAGCGCAUCUUUGCAGCCGUGUCUGAGGGCUGCGUGGAGGAGCUGGUGGAGCUGCUGGUGGAGCUGCAGGAGCUUUGCAGGCGGCGCCAGGACGAGGAUGUGCCUGACUUCCUCAUGCACAAGCUGACGGCCUCCGACACGGGGAAGACCUGCCUGAUGAAGGCCUUGUUAAACAUCAACCCCAACACCAAGGAGGUCGUGCGGAUCCUGCUUGCCUUUGCCGAAGAGAAUGACAUCCUGGGCAGGUUCAUCAACGCUGAGUACACAGAGGAGGCCUAUGAAGGGCAGACGGCGCUGAACAUCGCCAUCGAGCGGCGGCAGGGGGACAUCGCGGCCGUGCUCAUCGCCUCCGGCGCCGACGUCAACGCCCACGCCAAGGGGGCCUUCUUCAACCCCAAGUACCAACACGAAGGCUUCUACUUCGGUGAGACGCCCCUGGCCCUGGCAGCAUGCACCAACCAGCCCGAGAUUGUGCAGCUGCUGAUGGAGCACGAGCAGACGGACAUCACCUCGCAGGACUCACGAGGCAACAACAUCCUUCACGCCCUGGUGACUGUGGCCGAGGACUUCAAGACGCAGAACGACUUCGUGAAGCGCAUGUACGACAUGAUCCUCCUGCGGAGUGGCAACUGGGAGCUGGAGACCACUCGCAACAACGAUGGCCUCACGCCGCUGCAGCUGGCAGCCAAGAUGGGCAAGGCCGAGAUCCUGAAGUACAUCCUCAGUCGUGAGAUCAAGGAGAAGCGGCUCCGGAGCCUGUCCAGGAAGUUCACCGACUGGGCGUACGGACCCGUGUCGUCCUCCCUCUACGACCUCACCAACGUGGACACCACCACGGACAACUCAGUGCUGGAAAUCACUGUCUACAACACCAACAUCGACAACCGGCAUGAGAUGCUGACCCUGGAGCCGCUGCACACGCUGCUGCAUAUGAAGUGGAAGAAGUUUGCCAAGUACAUGUUCUUUCUGUCCUUCUGCUUUUAUUUCUUCUACAACAUCACCCUGACCCUCGUCUCGUACUACCGCCCCCGGGAGGAGGAGGCCAUCCCGCACCCCUUGGCCCUGACGCACAAGAUGGGGUGGCUGCAGCUCCUAGGGAGGAUGUUUGUGCUCAUCUGGGCCAUGUGCAUCUCUGUGAAAGAGGGCAUUGCCAUCUUCCUGCUGAGGCCCUCGGAUCUGCAGUCCAUCCUCUCGGAUGCCUGGUUCCACUUUGUCUUUUUUAUCCAAGCUGUGCUUGUGAUACUGUCUGUCUUCUUGUACUUGUUUGCCUACAAAGAGUACCUCGCCUGCCUCGUGCUGGCCAUGGCCCUGGGCUGGGCGAACAUGCUCUACUAUACGCGGGGCUUCCAGUCCAUGGGCAUGUACAGCGUCAUGAUCCAGAAGGUCAUUUUGCAUGAUGUUCUGAAGUUCUUGUUCGUAUAUAUUGUGUUUUUGCUUGGAUUUGGAGUAGCCCUGGCCUCGCUGAUCGAGAAGUGUGCCAAAGACAACAAGGACUGCAGCUCCUACGGCAGCUUCAGCGACGCAGUGCUGGAACUCUUCAAGCUCACCAUAGGCCUGGGUGACCUGAACAUCCAGCAGAACUCCAAGUAUCCCAUUCUCUUUCUGUUCCUGCUCAUCACCUACGUCAUCCUCACCUUCGUUCUGCUCCUCAACAUGCUCAUUGCUCUGAUGGGCGAGACUGUGGAGAACGUCUCCAAGGAGAGUGAGCGUAUCUGGCGCCUGCAGAGAGCCAGGACCAUCUUGGAGUUUGAGAAAAUGUUACCAGAAUGGCUGAGGAGCAGAUUCCGGAUGGGAGAGCUGUGCAAAGUGGCCGAGGGAGAUUUCCGACUGUGUUUGCGGAUCAAUGAAGUGAAGUGGACUGAAUGGAAGACGCACGUCUCCUUCCUUAACGAAGACCCGGGGCCUGUAAGACGAACAGCAGAUUUCAACAAAAUCCAAGAUUCUUCCAGGAACAACAGCAAAACCACUCUCAAUGCAUUUGAAGAAAUAGAGGAGUUCCCAGAAACGUCGGUGUAGAAGCGGAACCCGGAGCUGGUGUGCGCGUGCGCUGUCUGGCGCUGCAGGCGGAGUCACCGACUCUGUGCAGAGAGGAUUCCAGGGAUGAUGGAGUCCCGCUGUGCUGGCCUAGAAGCAGAGUGCACCCUCAUGCUCAGUGCUCAGUGGGUGUCUGAACUGAGGGGCAGUUGUCAGUUUGUCUGAGUGGGAAACAUCCUGGAUUUUGUUACUUGGCAAAGAGUUGGUGUAAACCUACAGCCAGCAGCAGUCUGGAGCCUGGGAGCCUCCUGAAGUCCUGGGUGAAGCCUCUGGUUUUACCAAUUGCAGGUUUGGUGAGUGUCGUACCCCAGUUUAACAGGUAGGGAGAUCGAGACUUGGAGACAGACGGAAUGACAUGUGAAGUUCACAAUCCUUUUUCCUGGCCGGAGGAUCCAGGUUCUCUGAAGCUUAGUUGAGACUGAGCUAAAGUUAAUCUGUGGCGACGUUCUGGAUGUACUGGACAAACACCUCAUUCCAGCAGCUACCACUGGCAAGUCCAAGGUUUUCUAUUACGAAAUGCAUUUAAUAUUAUUUUCCUUAUUAAAUGUAACCAAAAAUCCCACAGAAAUUAACAAGAGGAGGAGCCUCUAAAUAUCAACAAAAUUAUCACUUGAUAGACUAGAAUUAAACAAGCAAAUGAUUCUAAGAAAUGGCACAAGUGUAUUCAUCAUAAAAUAAAAUUUCUACAUGAAACAUUUAGCCAUUCCAGACCA